CCCUCUCAUUGUACUAUGAUAUGCGUCACCGACGAGUUGCUGUAGGUCGCGCUCUUGAUAAACGCAUGCUCAAAACGCAGCCUUUGGCAGAGUAUAUCAGAUACAUUCUGUUUCGGGCAAUCAAUAGUUUCCCAUAUAUAAGUAAGUGACAUAUUAUCAGUAUGCAGCUAAUGUUAACAGAAGUUUUGAUAGCCAGAAAACUAGUGGGCAGUUUAAAUGAGCGACUCUAUGGCUGGAACGUGGCAGAGGGUGUAGCGUCCGCGAUGAACAAGGAUUGGGCGUAUGCAGCAUACAAGCAGCAAAGGUUUCGGCCCUUGAACAAUUGAAAUAAGAAUCUCACCCGAGUCCAUGGCUAUUAUCAAUGGCGAAUUUUAACUGCUGAAAGAAUUCCAUGAGAUUAAGCUAAACGCUGAUAUACUAGAUUUCUUGGAAGAUGCACAUUCAUCUUUGAGUCAAAGGGCGCAUUGAACCCUCGAGAGCCCAAAUACAAGGAAUCUCUUAUC